GCUCCCCUGAUUUGUUGCAAAGUGCUCAAAACGCCCGAACCCUCCCACGAUUUUGAAACCUCAUUCACAGGCGAGGAGAAAAAAAACAGGAAACCCUCCGAUCCCCACCCUCUCCAAUGGCCGCUCCGCCGCCGACGCUCGCCCUGGCGGUGGAGAAGGGGCCACGGGCGGGGGAGACCCGGCAGUGCAGCGCGGGCGCCGCCCUCCGCGUCGGUCGCGUCGUCAAGGGCAACGAUCUCGCCGUGCGCGACGGGGGCGCGUCGCAGCAGCACCUCGUCAUCGAGUUCCUCCCGCCGCCCGGCGCCGGCUGGGCCGUCUCCGAUCUCGGGUCCUCCAAUGGCACCCUCCUCAACGGCAAGCCCCUCGCGCCCUCCGUCCCCGCCCCGCUCUCCCAUGGGGACCUAAUCAAGGUCGGCGAUUCAACCGUGCUCGCCGUCUCCAUCGCGCCUGAUUCGGAUCCCAAGCCUGUCGCCAACCCCAGUUCCAGGCGCUCCUCGCGGCAGACGGCGGUGGUGGCACCGAUUGCGGCGGAGGAGAAGCCCCCUGCGGUGACCCGCCGUGGCGCACGAAAGAAAGCGCCGCCGGCCGCCCAGCACCCCGACACGCAGAAGGAAGAUCCAGAGGCAGAGGGAGUGGCGGUGGAUGAGAAGCCCCAGGUGGUUGCGCGCCGGGGAGGAUGGCAGAAGCUGGCUGCAGCGGAGCCCCUAUUUGAGAUGGAGACUGUGAAGGCGCCUCGCCGUGGAGAGCAGAGGAAGCCCGUGGAGCCGUCUGCACCAGAGAAUGAGGAGGUGGAUAAGGAGGAGGCCACGGCGGUGCCGCGUCGUGGCAGACGGAAGAAUGCUGCGCAGCCCCCUGAACUAGAGAAGGAAAAGGAGGAGGCCACAGUGGUGACGCGCCGUGGCAGACACAAGAAUGUUGUGGGGCCGUCUGAACCAGAGAAGGAAGAGGAGGAGGAGGCCACGGCGGUGACACGCCGUGGCAGGCAGAAGAAUGUUGUGGGGCCCUCUGAACCAGAGAAGGAAGAGGAGGAGGAGGCCAUGGCGGUGACACGCCGUGGCAGGCAGAAGAAUGUUGUGGAGCCCUCUGAACCAGAGAAGGAAGAGGAGGCCACAGCGGUGACACGCCGUGGCAUGCGGAAGAAUGUUGCGGAGCCCCCUGAACCAGAGAAGGCCAUGGCAGGCAGAAGAAUGUUGUGCAGCCCCCUGAACCAGAGAAGGAAAAGGAGGAGGAGGCCACAGUGGUGAUGCGCCGUGGCAGGCAGAAGAAUGCUGUGCAGCCCCCUGAACCAGAGAAGGAAAAGGAGGAGGAGGCCACAGUGGUGACGCGCUUUGGAAGGCAGAAGAAUGUUGUGGAGCCCCCUAAACCGGAGAAGGAAGAGGAGGAGGAGGCCCCGGUGGUGACAAACCGUAGAGGGAGGAAGAAGAAUGUGGUGACGGACGCCCCUCCGCAAUUGCCUCCGAAGAUGAGGUCCAUAAGGGGCCGUGGCAAAAAGGCUAGUGCAAGCGACAUGGUUCUUGAGGAUGUGGAAGAGAAGGGAGGAAAUGAGUUGGCUGUAUCAAGAGCUCGUCCUGAGGACUUGCUCGUUUCGGCGACAUUGAAGGGUGUUAAGGCUCAGAAGAGGGAUAAGGUGGCAUCUGGGGAUGGAGACAUAGAAGGGGCUGCAGUGUCAUUGGAGGAGAAAGUGCCGAAGGGGAGGGCCAGUGCUCGGCUUGCCGCUUUCGAUAAUGGUGCUAAUGCGGCUGCAGCGCCCAUUGAAGAGAUGGAGGAGGCUGUGGAUGCAACGCUCCGAGGGAGGCAGAAGAAGGACGUUGAACCUCAUGAACCAGAGAAGGACGAGGAGGAGGAGGCCAUGGUGGUGACACGUCGCGGGAGGCGGAAGAAGAACAUGGAACCUCAUGAACCAGAGAAGGAAGAGAAGGAGGACAAAGCCCCAGUGGUGAUGCACCAUGGCGCAACGAAGAAGAAUGCGGCGCCAGUUGCUCCUGUAUCACUGCCUCCAAAGAGGAAGUCUGCAAGGGGCCGGGGAAGGCCUACAAGGGCCAGUACAAUGAACACAGUUCUUGAGGAGGAGGUGGUGGAGGAGGAGCAGGGGGGAAAUAAGUUGAGUGCGUCAAGAGCACGCACAGGGAAGCCACCGACUUCGACGACGGUGAAGAAGGGGGAUAAUGCAGCAGCUGUGGAUGGAGAGGUCAAAAGAACUGCAAAGCCGUUGGAGGAGAAAUUACCAAAGAGGAGGGCCGUUGCUAAGCUUGCUGCUAACAAUAUCUCUUAUGCGGCUGCAGCCAAGCCCACUGAAGAGAUGGAGGAGGCUACAGAAGCGUCUCACCACGGGGGGCAGAAAGCCAUGGAGCACCCUGAACUAGAGAAUGAUGAGGAUGUCACCAUGGUGACGCACCGUGGGGAGCGGAAGAGGGCUGCUGUGGUGAAGCGCCGUGUUGCCGGGAAAAAGGAUGUGGUGGCAGUGAUGAGGUCUGGAAGGGGCCGAGGAAGGGUUGGAAGGACUAGGGCAAGGAAUAACGUUCCUGAGGAAGACAACAUGGUGGUAGAAAAGGAAAAUGAAUUGCCUGUGCCAAGAGAGCUGGCAGGGAAUCUGCCAGUUGCGACCGCGGUGAAUGGGGGUGAGGAUAGAGAAGUCAAAGGAACCAAAAAAGCAGUGGAGUCUGAAUUGCCAAAGGGGAGGGCCAGUGCCCAGUCUUCUUCCGACAACAAGAGUGAGGAGGAACAGGGUGGUGCGGAUGGUUCUUCUAGAGUUGCCAGUGCCCAGUCUUCUUCCGACAACAAGGGUGGUGCGAAUGGUUCUUCUAGACUUGAUUCAGGAUCUAACGGAAUCCCCAACACAACAAGCAAAUACAGAGAGGAUAGAAAACUGAAGCCGUACUCGACUCCCUUUGAUGUCAGGCUGGAUAGAGCUCUGAAGAAAUACUCUGCAUGAGUUACUGGUUGCUAAGUUUAAGAGUUAAAAAUGUGUUAUGAUUGUGUGGAUAGGUUCUGUUUCUACUCUGUAGGAAGAAUGACUCGUAGAUUUUGGAGUCUGAAUCCAACUGAAUUUUGUGUACAUUGAAAUGGAGAUGCAUGUUUCGUUCCUAUGCUUGAUACAGAAGUUCAAGAAAAAAAAAUGCUUGUUUGUGUUUUUA